UCAUAAAAGCAUACAAAGCGACGACAAACGGCUCGUGUAUAGCUUUUUAUUCAUUUUGAGAAAAUUUCGUAAGAAAAACAUUUUAAAAUGUCAGUACCGAUGGAAAUUGAAGGUGCGAAGCAGCCACCUAAUGAUAAACAAGGGGACGGGCUCAGCUCAUUCUUUGAGCAAAAAAUCGCCGAAUUGCAGUUUAUAGUCUCCGAGAAGCAGCGUAAUCUACAGCGUCUGGAGGCGCAGCGGAAUGAGCUGAAUUCCAAAGUGCGUAUGCUGCGUGAGGAGCUGCAGCUGUUGCAGGAGCAGGGCAGCUAUGUUGGCGAGGUUGUCAAGCCGAUUGAUAAGAAAAAGGUGUUGGUUAAGGUGCAUCACGAUGGCAAAUACGUUGUCGAUGUAGAGAAGAAUAUUGACAUCAACGAUGUGACCACCAAUAGCCGUGUGGCCCUGCGCCACGAUAGCUAUACUCUGCAUAAGAUUUUGCCAAACAAGGUCGAUCCACUUGUCUCACUGAUGAUGGUCGAAAAGGUGCCCGACUCCACCUAUGAAAUGGUGGGCGGUUUGUCCAAGCAAAUCACGGAAAUCAAAGAAGUCAUUGAGCUGCCCAUCAAACAUCCCGAGCUGUUCGAUGCCUUGGGGAUUGCCCAGCCCAAGGGCGUGCUGCUGUAUGGACCACCUGGCACUGGAAAGACUCUACUGGCCCGCGCCGUCGCCCAUCACACCGAAUGCACAUUCAUACGUGUCUCUGGCUCGGAGCUGGUACAGAAAUACAUUGGUGAGGGUUCACGUAUGGUGCGUGAGCUGUUUGUCAUGGCUCGGGAGCAUGCGCCAUCCAUCAUAUUCAUGGACGAGAUUGAUUCAAUUGGCUCGGCACGUUUGGAGUCCGGCAGGGGCGCCGAUUCGGAAGUGCAGCGCACAAUGCUGGAGCUACUCAACCAGCUGGACGGCUUUGAGGCGUCCAAGAACAUAAAGGUAAUCAUGGCCACCAACCGCAUCGAUGUGCUCGACCAGGCACUGCUGCGUCCCGGUCGCAUUGAUCGUAAAAUCGAGUUUCCGCCCCCAAGCGAGGAGGCACGCGUUGAUAUUCUACAUAUACAUUCACGCAAAAUGAAUCUCACACGCGGCAUCAAUCUUCGCAAGAUUGCCGAGCUGAUGCCAGGUGCUUCCGGCGCCGAGGUCAAAGGCGUUUGUACUGAGGCUGGCAUGUACGCUCUGCGCGAGCGUCGUGUCCAUGUCACCCAGGAGGACUUUGAAAUGGCCGUUUCCAAGGUGAUGCAAAAGGACUCCGAGCGUAAUAUGUCCAUGAAGAAGUUCUGGAAGUAGUUUACGAUUAAAUCAAUUAGCUUCGUUAUGUAUUCCAUAAUUAUGCCAAUAAACCAUGUUGGCUGAUCAAUU